GGGAGGGAGUUCAGCUUGGUCACCGGCGCUCCAUGGGACUACCGGCUCUUCUCUCGGCUCUCUAAUGGCCUGUCUGGAAGUUGAAUCCCCAACCGUCUGCAGGGUUCUGCAGCUCAGACUCCAGCAGAGACGCACUCGGGAACAGCUUGUGGACCAGGGCAUUAUGCCACCAUUGAAGACACCUGCUGCCUUUCAUGAGCAGAUCAGAAGCCUGGAGAGAGCCAGGACUGAGAAUUUUCUUAAGCACAAGAUUCGCAGUAGACCUGAACGUGCAGAACUGAUCCGCAUGCAUAUUCUCCAAGAGACCCAGGCUGAGCCCUCAUUGCAGGCCACGCAGAUGAAGCUCAAAAGGGCUCGACUGGCCGAUGACCUCAAUGAGAAGAUCGCACAUCGACCUGGUCCGAUGGAACUUGUGGAGAAAAACAUCUUACCUGUAGACUCCAGUGUGAAGAAAGCCAUAACUGUAAGUGACACAAACCACCAAAAGACCCAGGAUGUGUAUAACUUUGAUGAGGACAGCAGUGAAGCUUUGGCCCCAGACGAUCCAGGCAGUCAGGAAUCCCAGUGCUCAGUUCCUUCACCCAGAGAAGCCAGACUACCAGAGUUCUCAUCUGCUACUCCAACCAGUUGUCCAACCACUGCCUCCAACUUACAGGCCUGUCCACCUACGAGCCAGAGCUCAGACUUGCUCAGUCAAACAUCAGCGGAGGAUCAAGCGAACACUCAGCCCAAAACGUCUUCUCAGACAGUCACCUCUGCUCCCCACAUAAAACAAGGCCAUACCCUUGUGAAGCAAAGCCAGCCCAGACUGCCGAGUGAAAAGAGCCGCAGCAAGAAAAACAAAGAGCCCAAGCCCAGGGUGCGAAAGCUUAAAUACCACCAGUACAUUCCACCGGACCAGAAGCAGGAGCCCAGUGAGGCACCGAUGGACUCGGCCUAUGCCCGUCUGCUUCAGCAGCAGCAGCAGUUUUUACACCUGCAGAUCCUUCAACAACAGCACUUCAAUUAUCAAGCCAUCCUACCAGCACCUCUCAGCAUGCCUGUGACAGAAUCUGAGACGAGCUGUCCUAAAGUAACAACAGGGAACGGCCAAGCCUCUGUUGUAGUGACCCUUUCGAGUGCAGUCCUCGGACACAACAACAGCAUGAAGAACGCUAAACCUGGCCCUCUGCCUGCCAACCUGGAUGAAAUGAAGGUGGCUGAGCUAAAGCUGGAGCUGAAGCUACGGGGUCUUCCUGUAUCUGGCACUAAAACAGACCUUAUAGAACGACUCAAGCCCUACCAGAACAACACUCAUCAAACCCUGACCAAUGAUGCUCUUUCACCUUUAGCCAAUCUGCAUACAGAGAGCGUGAGCAUGACCCCGCCUGUGUCUCCUGCGUACUCAGAAGUGUCUAGUUGCACUAUGGAUGACAGCAGCAACAGCAAAGCAGUGACCAUGUCUCCAUCUAGCCCGAAAUCAGACAAAACCUUAUUUCCAGCUGUGGCCUCCGAUAAGGACCAGCGUCUCCAUGAAAAGGAGCGCCAGAUUGAGGAACUCAUGCGCAAGCUGGAGCAGGAGCAGCGUCUCGUGGAGAAGCUAAAAAGGCAGCUAGAAGUGGAAAAGAGGCAGCAGCAAGAAACACAGCAGCAGAUCGAGCUAGGCCCUCCGGCCAAAAUCAAAGAGGAGCAUGAUGUCUCUUCGAGCUGCAGCUCCACCCUGAAGCAGGAACAGCAGUUCUACGUGGCUUCUCAAAGGGUACAGCCAUCCCAGACCAUCCUCAGCGCUCAGUCAGGACACCAUAUCCUGCUCCCCACCACCAUCCACCUGCCACAGCCACAAACGGUUCUCCAAACCACAGCAUCCACCUCUGAUCAAAGCGUUGUGCAAUCUCAACUUCUGCAGCCGCUGAAAACAGAGACUGCGGCAUUCCAGCAGCAUGGGAAUCAAACUCAAGCUGCACCUCAGCCUUCAUCGCCCGGCCAGACUACCUUAAUCCUUCCACCAUCUCCAUUCAGCAAUCAUCAAAGCCCCAAGAGUAAAGAUCCCCCUCGCUACGAGGAGGCCAUCAAACAAACCAGAGCACUUCAGACUACCAUGCAGGUCCCUACUGCGACCAGUCAGCACAUGGAUGAUUUGUUUGACGUCCUGAUUGAAACAGGAGAAAUUUCACCUUUGAUCCGUGAAGAACCUCUGUCCCAGGACAAACGUCUACCUGUGACUGCCAGCGUCACUACUCUCCCUGUCAGCACAGCGUUGUCUCGUCCUCCACCACAGGUCCAUGUGGCCCACAUGCCCAAUUUUGUAGCACUGGCUUCAGACCACCAGCUGGAGAAACUGUUGGAGGGCACGCUGGCACCUGACACUGAGCCCCAUGGCCUUCGUCUGAUGGAGGAACUGUUGCUGGAGCCACACCACUCGCCCAUGGACACCGGUCAUCUGAGUUUCUCCCACUCGCCGUUACCCUCGUUGCAAGACACCAACCUGGAGAACAUGGAGUGGCUGGAGCUGAACGUGCCAGGAACAACGGGUAUCUCCCCACCCGCUGGGGUCUUCUCGUCCGACUUUCUGGACACUCAUGAUUUGCACUGGAACUAAAAGGAGCAGCAAGGCACAACCUUCUGAUAUAUGAGCUACAUCAAAUAGAUGUUCAGACUUGCGGGAGGAGUUGUCUUAGAGACCUUGUUCGUACCAGUACAGAUACAGUGGGUUUGUGAAAACCUUGAACCAUAGUUUCAUGCCGUGUUUCUUGCUGUACUGUAUUAUCUACCCCCCUCAGUUUAACACCAGAGGAGUCUGCUGAAUCACAAGCAAAACACUCUUACACUCUUGCAAUUUUUGCAUUCUUUCUCAUGGAUAACAGUGCACUGCUUGACCCCAGUGCUAAUAUGUACAAACAUCUACAGGGCCAAUGUUUAAUGCUACAAAGUAUUUACUUGGACACGGGUGGCACAGUGGUAUAUUACACUAACCUACCACCACUGAGAUCCAGGUUUGAAUAUCAGAGGUUCAAUCAGCCAGCUUGGCAUCUACACCGACUUGAUUGGAUAUACCCCGAUCAGCCAUAACAUUAAA